CGGCUGCCCUUUGCCGUGCUCGAGUGCCCCAACAUCAAGCUGAAGCGGCCGGGCUGGGUGCAUAUGCCCUCGGCCAUGACCGUCUACGCGCUGGUGGUGGUCUCCUACUUCCUCAUCACCGGAGGGAUUAUUUAUGAUGUGAUUGUGGAACCUCCCAGCGUUGGGUCUAUGACAGAUGAGCACGGGCAUCAGAGGCCAGUGGCCUUCUUGGCCUACAGAGUGAAUGGGCAAUAUAUUAUGGAAGGGCUUGCAUCCAGUUUCCUCUUCACAAUGGGAGGCCUAGGAUUCAUAAUUCUUGAUCGAUCCAAUGCACCGAAUAUCCCCAAGCUAAAUAGAUUUCUGUUGCUUUUUAUUGGAUUUGUAAGCGUCCUUUUGAGUUUCUUCAUGGCCAGAGUUUUCAUGAGGAUGAAGUUACCGGGCUACUUGAUGGGAUAAUACUUCUUGUGGUGUAUGAAAGCCCAAGCAGAAUUUGUUCCUCUUCAUGAAGUGUUUAAGAAGCAGCAGCAAUUGACAAAAUCCAUAGUUGUCAACAGGAAAAAGGGCCUGGUUAUGAGACAUCUGGGA